UCGUCUGUUUCAGCUUCAACAUCCUAACGGCUUUCCUCUUUGCGCCCUCCUCCUCUCCUUGAUUUCUUCUGCAUUUUCCUCUUCUAUGCUUUUUCAAGUUCUCUUCUCCGUCCCAAAUUGGCGUAGGGUUUUUGUUUCGUGCCCAUCGUCUUCUAAUUUUCUUUUCCUUUCUUUCUUAACUCUUGAUUUACUGGGAGGGUUUCUUUUUCUUUCCCUUUUUGUAUAAACGGAUAUGGCUUCGAGUUUUGAUCGAUGGGAAAAGGAUUCGUUUUUCUCAGCCGCUGAGGAAGUUCAAGAAUCUGCCGAUAGAAUAGAAUCGACGUAUAGAACGUGGGUACAUGCCACCAAAGAUGCCUCCAGCAUUUGGAACUGUGAUGAGCUCGGUAGGGAUUUACGCACUGCUCUUGGCACCACCAAAUGGCAGUUAGAGGAGUUUGAACGAGCUGUGAAAGCAAGUUAUGUUAAUAACACAAGUGAAGAUGCGAGAGAUAGGCACCGGGAAUUUAUUUUGGCAAUUGAGGAUCAGAUUUCGAAAACUCAAAGUUCAUUACAAGAGUUUUCUCAAUCAAAGGGAAAACCAUCGAUGCCUUGGAUGCGGCUGGAUGAAGGUGAAAGCAACGAACUUGCGUUGUUUCUUUCAGGACCUUCAGCAGGCCAAGACAAAACUGUUGCUAACAAUGUUGUUAGUGACAAUGAAAACCCACAAGGGAUGGACAAACAAUCAGCACCAGCUUGCUCAAUUAAUUCUCUUCAAUCAGUUGAGCAGGGUUCUCACGACGAUAGAGAGGAGAAGUCGCAUGGUGGACACCGGAGGACAGCUAGCGCUAGUCCUGACAUUGGUUCCUGGAAGAUUGCAAUUUCGGGAGUUGAUGUCCAACAAUGUCCUCUAAAUGGACAAACCCAGAAAUUUGUACGAAAGAUCCCAAGUUUUUCGGGGUUUUUAAAUACGGUUGAGUCUGCAUCAAAAUUCAAGUGGCCAAAGAAUGGCUUUAGGAAGUUGAAAAUAGUAGAUAGGCAUCAAGAAACUAAUCCGAUGUUGUUGCAAUCCCCUCAAUCAGCUAGGGGUGUAAUUGUUGGAUAUGAAAGAAGUAAGAGUUACCUAGAUAGUUGUGAUGAUUUUUAUGAUAAACAACUCUAUGGCUGGUAUGGAUCUAUCCAAAGACAGUUUCAGAGGUCUAUAUAUCAAAUGCAGUAUAGUAGGCCUGUUCAAGUGAUACUCUCAACGGUUCUUAUUAUCUCAAUUGUUUUGGUUCUACUUCGUGUGCUGUAAGAAGCUAUUUCUCUUCACCAAUUUCUCUUCACCAACUUCUUAUAGUGAUGGGAAAUGGACGAUGAUCUCGCUAUAAUGAAGAUAUCUUUGUUUUGCCGCACAUGUUCUUGUAUAUUCAACAUGUUCUAAGAUGUAUGUAUGUAGCCAUAGUCGAAACUUGAAAGAUACUCGAGUCAAGUCACUGUUGUUUACCAAGCUGAUAAAGAGUGAAGUCUGUGCCUGUCCUUUCUUGAUGCCACUAACUUAUUUUAUUUUUAUAAUCAUUAAUGAGAAGUACUAAUUUUGAGAGUUGUACGCAGGAUAA